GGCACGCGGGGAGGUAGGGUGAGAGAUCUGAGCCGGGGAUCCCAGCGUGCUGGUGCUGCUUCUAUUUUCUUGCCGCUACUCUCUCAGUGUAUGGGUCUCAGGGUCAGAGGAGGCGCGGAGUAGCGGGGCUCAACUCCGCUGGUGCGUGCGCCUGGUACAUGAGAAAGCCCUCACGUUCCCACACUAGUUGGAGCGGGGCGGCCAGCUUGGCGACAAGGACCGUUGCGCCCCGUUUCCCCGUGAGCGUAGCACCCAGGCACACACUCCCGUCCCCCAAGACUUGGCCUCAAGCGUCCCUCACACAGACCCGCUCCUCCCCGCAGCCGCCUCGAUUGCUCGCGGCCACUUUGUUGGUUUCGUCCCUGGGGGGCGUCCCCACUCUGAAGCAGAGAAGAUGGCUGGAGGACGUCUGCUGCUGGGGGGUGACUUCCUGUCGCCGCCGCCGCUGCCCCCCCUCCCGCCGCCGCCGCUGCCGCCCCUCCCGCCGCCCCCGCCUGAGCCAGUGCUGGAGCAGUGGCGCUAUAGCCACGAAAGUGACUGGCAUUGGGCUCUGCGGCGGAGCUUCAUCUGUCGGCACCUGCACAGCUAUCCCGGGGCUGCGCUCGACCAGCUCCUCGCGCUCUCCGCCGCCUGGACCAACCACGUUUUCCUGGGCUGCAGAUACAGCCCACGCUUGAUGGAAAAAAUUCUUCAGAUGGCUGAAGGUAUUGAUAUUGGGGAGAUGCCAUCAUAUGAUCUGAUGCUGCCCAAACCUUCCAAAGGCCAAAAACGCUACCUUUCAGCCUACGAUGGUCAAAAUCCUCCUAAAAAGCAAGCUGGUUCCAAAUUCCAUGUGAGACCUCGUUUUGAGCCUGUACAUUUUGUAGCUAGUAGUUCAAAAGCUGAAAGACAGGAAGAUCCUUAUGGCCCUCAAACAAAAGAGGUAAAUGGACGAACACAUUUUGUCAACAUGCCAAGAAACUUCUACCAAGAUUAUACUCAAGACUCUUUCAAUAUACAAGAUGGGAAUUCUCGGUAUUGUAAUUCAUCAGGAUUUAUUUUCACAAAAGAGCAGCCUAUAAAAACCAACAUGUAUUUUGACAAUGGGAACCCUGCCCCAAGCAGCACAUCCCAGCAGGCAAACUGUCAGCCACCUCCAGAGCCUUCUCCUUCACAGAUGUUUCCUGAGUCAGUGGUUGCUGAAAAACAGUAUUUUAUUGAAAAGUUAACAGCAACUAUCUGGAAGAACCUUUCUAAUCCAGAGAUGACUUCUGGAUCUGAUAAAAUUAAUUAUACCUAUAUGCUAACUCGUUGUAUUCAGGCAUGUAAGACAAAUCCUGAGUAUAUAUAUGCUCCUUUAAAAGAAAUUCCUCCUGCCGACAUCCCCAAAAAUAAAAAACUUCUCACAGAUGGUUAUGCUUGUGAAGUUAGAUGCCAAAAUAUCUAUCUAACUACAGGUUAUGCAGGGAGCAAGAAUGGGUCCAGGGAUCGAGCUACUGAGCUAGCUGUAAAACUCUUACAGAAGCGGAUUGAGGUUAGAGUUGUCCGGCGGAAAUUCAAGCAUAUAAUUGGAGAGGACCUUGUAGUAUGUCAGAUUGGCAUGCUUUCGUAUGAAUUUCCCCCAGCUCUGAAACCACCAGAAGACCUGGUAGUACUGGGAAAGGAUGCUUCAGGACAGCCUAUUUUUAAUAGUUCUGCCAAACACUGGACCAAUUUUGUCAUUACAGAAAAUGCAAACGAUUCAAUUGGCAUCCUUAACAAUUCUGCCUCGUUCAACAAAAUGUCAAUUGAAUACAAAUAUGAGAUGAUGCCAAAUCGCACAUGGCGGUGUCGAGUAUUCCUACAAGAUCACUGCUUAGCUGAAGGUUUUGGAACCAAGAAAACAAGUAAGCAUGCAGCUGCUGAUGAGGCUUUGAAGGUUCUUCAAAAAACACAACCCACUUACCCGUCUGUCAAAAGUUCCCAGUGCCACUCAGGCUCUUCACCCAGAGGAUCUGGAAAGAAGAAAGAUAUAAAAGAUGUUGUAGUUUAUGAGAAUUCUUCCAAUCCUGUGUGCACAUUGAAUGAUACGGCUCAGUUUAACCGAAUGACAGUUGAAUAUGUCUAUGAAAGGAUGACAGGUCUCCGCUGGAAAUGUAAAGUGAUUCUAGAAAGUGAAGUCAUUGCAGAAGCAGUUGGGGUGAAGAAAAGUGUCAAAUAUGAAGCUGCUGGAGAAGCUGUGAAAACCCUCAAAAAGACCCAGCCAACUGUCAUUAACAACUUGAAGAAAGGGGCUGUUGAAGAUGUGAUUUCAAGAAAUGAAAUUCAAGGCCGCUCAGCAGAAGAAGCCUACAAACAACAAAUCAAAGAAGAUAACAUAGGAAACCAACUGCUGAGAAAGAUGGGUUGGACUGGUGGUGGUUUAGGUAAAUCUGGUGAGGGCAUACGGGAGCCCAUCUCAGUCAAAGAGCAGCAUAAGCGGGAAGGGCUUGGCCUGGAUGUCGAAAGGGUCAAUAAAAUCGCUAAGAGAGAUAUAGAGCAGAUCAUCAGGAACUAUGCCCGCUCCGAGAGCCACUCAGAUUUGACCUUCUCCACGGAGCUGACCAAUGAUGAACGGAAGCAAAUCCAUCAGAUUGCUCAGAAGUAUGGCCUGAAGAGUAAGUCUCAUGGGGUGGGCCACGAUAGGUACCUGGUGGUGGGUAGAAAACGGCGGAAGGAGGACCUGCUAGAUCAACUCAAACAGGAAGGCCAAGUGGGACAUUAUGAGCUUGUCAUGCCCCAAGCGAAUUAAGAUUUUAACUAAGUUAUCUUGUAAAUGUCAUGUGAGGCACAUCUACAAAUAAAAAAAAGCGACAUAUUCUGCUUGACGAGUAUUCAUUCUUAAAAUGUUUCACCUUGUUCGUUUCAUGUAGUGCUUUAUUAGGUAUUGGAUACAGGAGAUAAUUCUGUCCACUUGCAUCAGCUUAACCCAGCAGAUGAUAUUGUUUGUGCAGUUACUGUUUAUGUCUUUCAUGUUGUUCUGUCCCUCAGAUUUUAGUAGUUUGUACAAGCAAAAUCACCCAUCUAAGUGCAAUUUCACUCUGAGGAAAAUAAUUCACAUUAUAAAGGGCAUAGCACCGCACUCUGCAACAAUAUGUAAAGUCAAUGGUGACUCUAAACUACAGCUAAUUCCAGAUUUACUUAAAAUGUCAGGUCAUUUUGUAUUACCAAUUUUCAUCUUUGUGUGAAGCCAGUUAUAGAAUAUUUAACAAUAAAUUGUGCUGUAUAUGUAAAUGUCCUUACCAACUACUAAAUGAUGUAAAACUUUUUAAAAGUAAUUUUAGUGUGUGUUUGUAUAUAACUUCUGCCCUGUGAUUUCCAGGAUAUUGGAAGUGAUUUACUGUAUCUUGUGAUAGAUGACUUUUAACAAAUUCUAGUCUUCAUGCUGAGAGAGCACUACUUGAGAGAGAUGUGAAAAAGUUUCCAAAAAGCCUUGAUUCAGUGAGAAGAAAGGAAGCUUGGUCUGUUUGUUCUUGGUGCCUUGCAGAGAGACUCAGAGCGACUCUCCACUGUAGCUUUCACACGGUCUGUGCACCACAUCCAAGGCAGCCACAGCUGUGGUAGAGCCUGGUCAAAGACUGAAGAUAUAUUGGUGCUUUGGUGAAAAGGUCAGUUGGCUGCUCCCUCUCUCAAAAAGCUCAUUACGCCCCAAAGCCAGCUUUAUAACAUACUUAAAACUGCUAUUUUCGCUUAUUUCUGGAAUGUAAAAAUGUAUAAAUAUAAAAGAGUUAGUGUAUGCUUCCUGAAUAAAAAGGAGCCAAAGGUGAUCAAAAUGGUGGUGUGCUUCUUUCUAGAGAGCAGCCUAGUGGCGGCAGCACUUUGGGGCUUUAGACAGAAUAGCUCAGAGCACACACGGAUAAAUGUAAUGAUUUAGAAAUGGGAGCAGCAUCUGUCACUCGUCACACUUUGUUUACUUUGUGGUUGCCUUUUUUUUUUUCUUGUAUGCCAGCAUUCUGGCUUAUCAAAUCUUUGGCUGUUUAUUUUUAUGUGGUUUUAUUGUAUCUUAGAUGAAUCAAGUAAAACCUAGCAAUAGGACAAAUGAAUAUUAAAAUUGAUAGUUAAACAACUCCAGAGAAAUGAUGGUAAGGACUCUUAGGUUGUUUGCAAUAUCCUUUAAAAAAGGAUUUUUUGAUAAUGUGUGUGUGGGGAGUUACAUGUA